AUGUUCCAGUACGCCUGUGACGGCCCUGGCGACUGUAAAUUCAUCUUGCUGGCGGGGUCACUGCUGAUGCGACAGCUGGCGGUCCCCGAGCUUGACAAGACAUGUCGGACAAGACCUGAAGUCACAACCGACGGCAUGGAUUUGGAGGAAUCAAUAAGUGGAGCAGAUGUCAUCUUCCCGGGAGGUCUUGCCCACCUCACUGCCAGAACCGGCAAUCUGCUGCUGUUGCGCUUUCUGGACUUGACUCAUCGGUUAGGGCAGAACCAUCGUCGAGAGGACGAAGCCGCACAGAGAAAGAGGGCAAACCCAGGAUCGUCUUCGGUUUGCACUUUGCUCUCUGCUGGAAUAGCAAGUGAAGUGAUUGGAACGUUGGCAGCGCAAAGUGUUGGUGAGCCGGCGACGCAAAUGACGCUGAAUACCUUCCACUUCGCCGGAGUGGGUGCCAAGAACGUCACGCUGGGGGUCCCCCGCUUGAAGGAGCUGAUCAACGUGGCGAAGGUAGUGAAGACGCCUUCCUUGGCUGUAUACCUGAGCGGGGACCUGGGUCAAAACCAGGAACGUGCCAAGGAUGUUCAGAGUAUGCUCGAGCACACGACCCUUGAGAAGGUGACCUCCUUCACUCAGAUCUUCUGGGAUCCCGAUCCGGAGCAUACGCUUGUUGAGGAGGAUCAGGAGUGGGUCUCCUUGUAUUACGAGCUUCCAGACGAGGACGAGAACCCGCAGCGUUGUGGACCUUGGCUGUUGCGCAUCCAGUUGAGCAACAAGGUAAUGACGGACAAAAAGCUUACGGUGCGCGAGGUGGGAGAGCGCAUCCUGAGCGAUUUCCAGAAUGACCUCGACUGCAUCUUCACAGAUGACAAUGCCGAAGAGCUCGUCCUCCGGAUUCGACUUCUCAAGGAGCCUGAUCAGAUUGGUGUCGCCCCCAGACCCUAUGACCCCCGGGAUGACACCGAGGACAAGAAUUUCAAAUUCCUGAGGACGAUCGAGUCCAACAUUCUCAAGGAGAUGACCUUGAAGGGCAUCCAGGGCAUCAAGAAGGUGUUCAUGCGUGAAGACAAGGUGACCAAGUACGACGAGAAGACUGGCAAGUUCGAGCGGUCACAGGAGUGGGUGCUGGACACAGACGGCGUCAACAUGGAGGAGGUCAUGCUUCUCGAGGAGGUGGACUACAAGCGCCUGCAAAGCAACGACAUCGUUGAGGUCCUGAACGUGCUAGGCAUCGAGGCGACCCGGAAGGCUCUUCUCUUCCAUGUCCGCAUGGUGAUCUCCUUCGAUGGCUCUUAUGUCAACUACCGGCAUCUUGGCACAAUGUGCGAUGUCAUGACGAAUCGAGGGCACCUAAUGGCGAUCACUCGCCACGGUGUGAAUCGCACCAACAUGGGCCCGCUGAUGAAAUGUAGCUUCGAAGAGACGGUGGAGAUUCUGAUGGAUGCAGCAGUGUACCACGAGACGGACCACAUGCGAUCGGUGUCCGAGAACAUCAUCUUUGGUCAGCUGGUUCCAAUUGGCACCGGGAGCUUCGACGUCCACAUGGAUGACAUGAAGACCGUGGACCCAGAGACGAGCCUUCAGCCUCUCUGUUCUCUGGAUCACGCCACCGUGGUGCUGCCUAGCAAGUCCAAGAGCGGUGAGUACUAUUCCGUGAACACCCCGGAGCCUCACAUGGAGGAUGAUGACCUUGAAGAGAACGCCGAAACGCCGCAUGAGGACGAGGCAAUGAUCGACGGCCUCUUCCCUACGACCGGAGGCACAUAUGCUCAAAUGGCGACACCGGAGGUGUCGCCGGACUCACCCGGGGAUUUGGGAGAAGGCGCCUUCCGAUCCCCUUUCAGCGUGGCACCAGCCGGUGGGCCGUCACCAUUCUCUGUGCGGGCUACGCCUCGAGCAACGCCCUACGGCGGGAUGUACACACCUGCUCGGAGCGACUUCUCUAUGGCCAGCCCGUUCUCGGCCUUCGCAUACUCUCCGGCCAGCGCAGAGUACUCCCCAGCCGAGAAGAGUGAUGACAAGAAGAAGGAAGAGUUUGCGGUUCCCAGCCCGACCUAUUCUCCCAGUCCGUCGGUCAUCUACUCGGCCGUCAGCAAGAGCCCGAAGAGCCGGCUCACGCCACACACCAGCCCGGGAUACUCCGUGAGCAGCAAGUAUGGGGGGCCGCGAUCGGCGAUGUACACACCGCGAUCGGCGAUGUACACGCCUACCUCUCCGAUGAGUGCGACGACGAAGGGGCACGAGGGUGCCGGCAGCGCGCGCUACACGCCGCUGAGCAGCCCGUACGUCAGUCCUACGUCGGCACUAUACACACCGACCUCGCCUAUGCCCGCGAAGACAAUCGCAGCGACAGCCACGCCAGGAUACUCGCCAACCAUGACGAUGAUGCACUCAGUGGCCUCGGAUGCAGGACAGGCAUCGCCUGAGAUUGAUCAGGCUUCUGGCGAUGCUCCUCAAGGCGCCUAUGCCUCGCUUGUGGCAUCACCGAGUUACACGCCGCCGAACCAGGUGGGGGUUGCCCCGCCGGCGCCGAAGAAUGUCGUCUACUCGCAGUCGGCUGGUGUCACGGAAGUCGCCGAGGAAGAGAUGCAGUCGCUCUUUGACGACGAUGACGAGGACCUUCUCAGAUACGAAGCCCCGUCGACGGCAGGCCGUCCCCCGGAGUGA